AUCUUGAGGCCAGAGUCUCCUGUGGUCUCCUCCUCCCUCCUGUUCUGCAGCUGCACACCUCUCUUAACUCCUCUCUCGCUUGAUUACUCCUAUCUUCGCAGAAACAAUGGCCACAGCUGGUAAGGUUAUCAAGUGCAAGGCAGCAGUGGCGUGGGAGCCCAACAAGCCUUUGGUGAUUGAGGAGAUUGAGGUAGCCCCGCCCCAGGCCAACGAGGUCCGCAUCAAGAUUGUGGCGACUGCAGUGUGCCAUACGGACCUGCACCACCUUUUGGAGAGUAUGUGUAAAGACGGAUUCCCUGUAGUCCUCGGGCAUGAGGCAGCCGGCAUCGUAGAGAGCGUCGGUUCUGGAGUUACUGAAUUUCAGCCAGGAGACAAGGUUAUCCCUCUAUUCAUCUCCCAGUGUAGAGAAUGUCGCUUCUGUAAGAGUCCAAAGACCAACCAGUGUGAGAAAGGAUGGGCUGCUACUGGUCAUGAUGUGAUGGCAUCAUCAAACUACAGGUUUACCUGUAAGGGGAAGAAGAUUCUGCAGUUUGUGGGUACCAGUACCUUCUCUGAGUACACCGUGGUUAACCAGAUGGCUGUGGCGAAGAUCGACCCCGCUGCUCCUCUGGACAAAGUCUGUCUCAUUGGUUGUGGGGUCUGCACAGGAUAUGGAGCCGCUGUUAAUACUGCUAAGGUGGAACCGGGCUCCACAUGUGCUGUGUUUGGCCUUGGAGCUGUGGGUUUGGCUGCAGUCAUGGGCUGCAAGGCUGCAGGAGCCAAGAAGAUUAUUGCUGUUGACAUCAAUCCAGAGAAGUUUGAAAAGGCCAAAGUGUUUGGUGCGACCGACUUUGUGAACCCCAAAGAUCACAGUAAACCCAUCAGCCAAGUGCUGUCUGAGAUGACUAACGGAGGAGUGGACUUCUCUCUGGAAUGUGUCGGGAAUGUCGGAGUCAUGCGCAGUGCCUUGGAGUCCUGUGUUCAAGGUUGGGGUGUCAGCGUGAUUGUUGGCUGGACGAACUUAGAAGACUUUUCUGCCCGACCCAUUCAGCUCAUCGCUGGACGCACAUGGAAGGGCUCUGUGUUUGGAGGCUUUAAGGGUAAGUAUGAUGUUCCCCAGAUGGUUAAAGCCUACCUGGACAAGAAGGUGAAGGUGGAUGAGUUCAUCACUCACAACAUGACUUUGGACCAGGUCAAUGAUGCCAUUGAACUGAUGAAGCAAGGCAAAUGCAUCCGGACGGUCCUGCACGUUUCUCCACAAUAAGAACAUUAUGGUCCAAAGUCCGUGGACUUACGUGGACCCCAGGAGGAUUAGCUGUGCUCAAAGGCACAGUGAAUGGGGAUCAUAUAAUAAACUAAAGUAAUUAAAUAGUUCAACAAAUCUCAACAUAAAACAAAUUAUACAAUGCAAACAAUAAAGAGGAAUUUCAAAUUAUGCAAGCUAUACAUGCCUGAAUUUUAAUACUCAAUUGUAUUGCGUGGAUUAUGUGGGAUCUGUAGUGUUCGUAUAAGGAAAAAGCUAAACAUGUGUUUAUAGAGAAAAAUAAAUGGUCUAAACAAA